GUGCUAAUUCUGUGCACAAAAUACAAUUUUGUGGCACAGAAUACUCAUUCUGUGGGACAAAAUGCACUUUUGUGGGACAAAAUGUACUUUUGUGGGACAAAAUGCUCAUUCUGUGCCACAAAAUACAAUUUUGUCGGACGAAAUGAUAAUUAUGUCCACAAAAUACUCAUUAUGUCGGACAAAAUGCUAAUUAUGUGCACAGAAUACAAUUUUGUGGCACAGAAUACUCAUUCUGUGGGACAAAAUGCACUUUUGUGGGUCACAUGACUUUCUAUUUGUGACGUCACCAUGGCGCACUGUCACUUGAUAAGUGUUGCCCAAUGUGCGCACUGCUUUGUGGUGCGCAUGCUUUUCUAUGGAAAUAUAAGUAAUUUUAUUCCAGACAAGACAGUAACUAUGGCUGACGCUGCUGGUCGUGUGUUCAUCGCCGGGUCUUCAAUACAGAGUCUUGUUGAUGGGGUCAGCAGCCUAACAAGACUCUUUCAAUCGUUAGCUGAGCCUCGAACUAGCGGUGUACAACAACCUGCUGUACAGCAUGCCAUUGCGAGCCCACUGGUACAAGUUCAACUGUGAUAGGCAGCGGGCCAGCAGUGAAUCACCUCUGCCACGGAUGCAGAUUGGAGAACGACCUGAGCCCAAUUUCUCACCUGAACCUGAUAGAGUUCUAUCCCUACCCUCAGUGUUUCGUGGCAGAACAAGGCCUCAAAAUACUUUCACCAAGCGAAGAAGAACUGUAGCUGGAAGGGCCCGGGUGGUGAUUAGAGACAUCCUAUGUAUGCCAUUUAGUACACCUCAGCAAGAGGAUAAUUCUUGGAAAGCACCAAGAGGUCAGGACAAGGAGAAAUUGGCUUCUGUCGGGCUGACAGGCAAACUUAAUCUGGACUCUACAUGGAAUUCUCAGGAGGUGCAACAUGAAAUUCGAUCACUCUUCCAAACAACGUUCUGCGCAGAUGGAGAAGAGUUUGUUUUUUCAUUUUUACAGUGUUUGCCAGGUGGAAGGAAACUGAUCAAACCCAACACCUCUGUCAGUUUUUCUUGGAAUGGUGCUGAAGUGAUUAGUCUUGCAGGACAAGGAGCUCUGUACAUUCUUAGUCACCACAACCUGCCAGAAAGUGAGGAACAUGAAUCACCAAGUAAGGAGACUCUGUCUUUCCUCAGUUCUACCAAUUCAUUGACCCAUCAAAUAAAUCUUGAAAAUGAUGUUCAGCAGCUAGAACAGAAUGUACUACAUCAUAGAACUGCAGUAGUCCAGUGCUGAAAGGAGCCCAGAAAGUGUAAUAGCAGAACUUUGCUCCUCAGUUCUUGCUGAUGGAGUUCAGAAUGUCAAGGUCAGAUGGAACCAUGCUUUCCAAGAUUUGCUACGUUGGAUGAACCGAGCUGAUUAUGGUUGGGACAAACAUCUUAAUGUUUCUUUUGUUGGAGAACAAGGGCUUGAUUCUGGAGGACCUAGGCGCAAUCUAAUGGAACUGACUGUUCGUGGACUGAUCAACUGGGGAGGACUUUGGUGUGGGAAAGAAGGACACCUCAUUCCAGCUCCUGACUUUUUAACAUUGCAGAACAGAUCCCAUUGUAUGGCAGGGAGGAUUGUUGGCACUGUUCUCGUUCAGAGUUCUCUACAGCUCAAUAUUUUUGCAGAAUCUCUGAUCAACACCAUUGCAGGAAUCAACCAGUGGUUUGUAGAGGAUGUUGCUGAUGAAACUGUCCAAAGCAAGCUGAAAGAGGUAUUAGUAGAAGACAUGCUAUAAAACAAUUGUCAAUUACAUAUUUUUGCAUGUUGGACAAUAUAAUACAUAUAUACCAUGCUAUGCAAAAUAAAGGUCUACUAAAACAAAUUUACAAAUACACAAGUGGUGGAGUGUUGCUAAAUCUAUCUCCCCCUUAACAAGGGUGUCUGGUAUAAUAAUAAUAAUAAUAAUAAUAAUAAUAAUGUGACUUUUACAUUUUGAUAUCAAGCGCUGAUCUGUUUAGUGUAGUAAACUGAUGUUUGUCUUUCUGUAGAUAAACGAGAUCAAAUAUAUUUUCAGUAUCAAACAAUUAUUAUUUCAGUGAGUGGAGUGUGCGUGCACGUGUAACGUAAUGAUUGUAAAAGCAGCGCAUUCCAAAACGUUAAUACAGUGACUAUCACAUUUUCACACUGACAUGAACACGCAAGGAAACCCGGCUUUCUGUCCUUCUUAAUGAGUUUGAAAUCAUGUUUAAACAUUCUCUCAAUGAAGUGUAGCUUUGUUUCCUUCACUAGUUUUAUUCUGCUGGUAUCAUUUUAAACUCUGAGGGAGACCUCAGUUCCAAACUCGUGCUGUGGAGCGUCACACAGGGUUUUUAAUAUUGCUACCUGAAAGAAACACAUUUUUAUUUUGAUGCAAGAUAUCUGUUACUACACGAGGUUACAAUACGGGUUUACAAGCCUUGCUUUUAGAUAGUGCUGCACUUCCUUGAUCACCUGGGGGGUGAAAUUGUCCCCUCCUCUUGGACGACUCCUUUCACAGUAUCUUAAUCUGUAUUCUUGUAAUCUCAUAGUACAGUAUACAUCUGUGAAAGUGAA